CUUUAGAAGAGAUGGCGACAGUUAACAUUGUAACUGAUAUUUUCAUUUCUUGUGGACGUACUUAAUAAUGUAUAAGAAAAAAACGUUGUUCGCUCUAAGCAUGGUUGUUUGUCAAUGGACUUUCGUAAGCACGAAUUCAGUCUUCACAUUCGGUACUGAAGCGCCACCUGAAGAAGUUGGACGGAAAGACCAUAGAAACACUUUGCUGGAUUUCUUAGACCCAAGAGGAAUUUUAAUUUCUCCAGGGGAUGCAAAGCUUCGAUCUAAGAGACGUGACAUAACGUACUUCACGCCUAUAUCUUCCGUGAAGCACACAGACGCUCUUCGCCUGCUGUUCAAGACAUACCUCGCUAUGCUCCUGGCUACGCUUAGACAGGGCAAGCCACCUCUGUCGCCGCCAUUUCCGAAGGUCAUAGCCAAAACUAUUAAAGCUGUGUUAUUAAAUUAA